GCGACUGCAGUGAAGCGCGGCUGGUGUGCACGUCGAGCUGAUGUGCACAGCAUCACAUGGAGGGGUGUGGAGCUGAUGUCACUGACGUGAGGUCACUCCGAGUGAUGUGUGUGAUGUCGCGGGUAGAGCGGCGGGUUGGUGUGAGUGACGUUAUGGAUUUGUGUGCUGAUGUUGGAAAUCUUAGAUAGUGGUAUAUGUGACUGACGUGAGGGAUAUCAGUGAGCGAGCAACUGACGUGAGUGACGCUGUCUGGCUGCGAGUGAUGGAGAAUCCCGCGUUUUGUGGGAUUGCGGAGGAUACUGAUACGGUGCCUGCUGCUCGACACAAUACGGUGCCUACCGCUCGACACAAUGAUGUGGUGCACGUGGAGGCCAAGUCGGAUGCCGACGGCCGUCCUGUUCAGCCAGAGGUGCGCGAACACUGGAACAAGAGGAUGGACUUCCUCCUCUCCAUUAUCGGCUUUGCCGUCGACCUGGCCAACGUCUGGCGCUUUCCCUACCUCUGCUACAAGAACGGCGGAGGCGCGUUUCUGGUGCCCUACCUUCUUCUGCUGGUGUUCGGCGCCCUGCCUCUUUUCUUCAUGGAGCUGGCGCUGGGUCAGUUCAACCGGCAGGGGCCCAUCACCGUGUGGAGGAUCUGCCCCAUCUUCAAGGGCGUGGGCUUCUGCGCGGUGGCCGUCUCCUACUUCGUCUCAUUCUACUACAACGUUAUCAUCGGCUGGUCGGUGUACUUUAUCUACUGGAGCUUCUCGUCGACGCUGCCGUGGAAGGACUGCAACCACGAGUGGAACACGGACAACUGCUCUGUGACGGCCAACAUCACCUCCAGACAGAGCCCGUCGCAGGAGUUCUUCAGUCGGGCCGUGCUGGGCACACACAGGUCCGACGACUACGACCUGCUGGGCCCGCCUCAGCCGCAGCUGGUCCUCUGUGUGGCUAUCGUCUACACGGUGCUCUACGGAUGCCUCUUCAAAGGCAUCAAGUCGUCAGGAAAGGUGGUGUGGAUCACGGCGCUGAUGCCGUACGUCAUCAUCAUCAUCCUGCUGGUGCGCGGCGUGCUGCUUGAUGGAGCUGCUGACGGAGUCCGGUUCUACCUGGAGCCUGACCUCAGCAGGCUCGGAAAAACCGAGGUGUGGUAUGACGCGGCCGUUCAGAUCCUGUUCUCGGUUGGGGCUGGAUUCGGGGUUCACCUCACCUACGCCAGCUACAACGAGUUCAACAACAACUGCUACAGGGAUUGUCUUAUUGCAACAGUGGUGAAUUCAAUGACGUCAUUUCUAUCGGGUUUUGUCAUCUUCAUCUACCUGGGCUUCAUGAGUCACCAGCGGGGUAUUCCAAUCGACCAGGUGGCUACCGAAGGUCCCGGCCUGGUGUUCCAGGUUUAUCCAGAGGCCAUUGCCACGCUGCCCUAUCCACAGCUCUGGGCCGUCCUCUUCUUCAGCAUGCUCAUCAUGCUCGGCAUCGACAGCGGCAUGGGAGGUCUGGAGUGCGUCAUCACCGGCAUCGUGGACGAGUUCGGAGACAGCUUCAAGCGCUGGCACCUGAGCCGUCGGCUCGUCACCCUUCUGAUCGUGGUGUCGUCAUUCCUGGUGGCUCUGACGUCACUCACACCGGGCGGGAUUUACGUGUUCACCUGGCUGGAUACGUACACCGCCGGCCUUGCGCUGCUCUGCUCGGCGCUGUUUGAGGCUCUGGCAGUCGGCUGGGUGUACGGCAGCCACGUUCUGGCCAAAGACAUUCACCAGAUGACUGGCCACACGCCGGCAUUGUUCUGGAGAUGCUGCUGGAAAUUCAUAUCGCCACUCUUCCUCGGGACGGUGCUGGUGCUGGGCAUUGUCUACUCGGGCCCGAUAUCCUACGAGGGCUUCACCUACCCGACGUGGGCGACAGCGGUGGGCUGGACGUACGCCUCUGUGCCGGCACUCUUCGUGCCUGCCAUGGCACUGAAGACCAUCUGGAAGCACAGGGGCCACGGAGUGACACAGGCCAUUGCACUCAGCAUCUCUCCAGAGGUGGAGCACAAGGCCAUCAAAGACGGCGAGCGACCAGUGAGAUUCAAUUGGAGACACUGGCUGAGCAUUUAAGAAAUGAAGAGAGAGAGAGAGAGAGAGAGAGAGAGAGAGAGAGAGGAGAGAGAGAGAGAGAGAGAGAGAGAGAGAGAGAGAGAGAGAGAGAGAGAGAGAGAGAGAGAGAGAGAGAGACCCUAUGUGUGACCCCAGUCCCCAGAUAAGUAGAGGUCACUGCAGCUGAGAAUAAUAGUCGAAAGUCAGUCCCUCUCCGGCCGGUCUGUUGCCAAUCAGUCGUCACUCGUGGCUAGACAAGUGGCUUGGAGCCAGUAGGUAACGGCUGAUGCAGGGCCACUUUGCUCGCAUUUGAACGGGACCAGAUCUCUAGCGGAGUCGACUGCAGCCUGCAGGUCCGAGCAAAUCGAACAGAGUUGCCAAGUGCGGGACACACUCGCGCGUUCCAGCGUUGUGGGCUGCGACAUACAGGGUUAUUCACUUCUUAUGCGUCUCGGCUGAGAGCUAAAACCGUAACCUCGGCUCUUAUUGUCGGAGCUUUGCCGCCGUUGUGUUGUGCCCGGUACCUGCCCUGUUACGCUAGCAGUGUGACUGAUCCUUGUCUCAUGAAGCUGAUCUGUAGGUACAGGUCAAUGACCAUUUUAUUUGUAUGAUUUAUUGUAGAACAAAGAAUAGUUGAAAGUGUUACAUAGGUAUUUUGAACUUUCCCAAUGAGCGACGGGCUAUGUGUAAAUCCUCAUAUGGCUUCGUAUUUGUAAUAUGAAUUGAAUUCUGAAGAGCCUCCUAAGAUAAGCGCUUACUUUCGUCUCAUAAGUAGGUACUUUCGUCUCAUAAGUACCUACGCAUAUUAUUUUCGUGUACCAGGGAUAACUGAAAUACUCGUGUCCAUUCGGCCAAACCAUUAAACGUUCACUUUCAGUAUCGGUCAGCUGCGGCUGAAAACUAUAGAAACCGUGUGAGAGGCAACGCCUAUCCCUGUAGGUCCCGACAUUCGUGCCAAGCGGCACUUCAGUACGCACAAGAACCUGCACAUUGCGCAGUAAAGGGACCAUGCCGCUCGUAUUCCCCGCUUUUUGCUGCUAAGGCGCUGUGCAGCGGUGUGAAGUGCGCUUUACGCAGCCCGUGGUGAGCCCGCCGUGGAGUAGUUGUCGGAUGUCCAGUUGUCCGCUUCUCUCUGUUGUCUCAAUGUGCUGAUGUGUCGCAAAGUGGCGUCGAAACGUACUUACUGUUACGUCUCUUUGGAGGCUCGUGUGUCGUUAAGUGUUAGUUAUAUGGAGGAAAGGAUUCAAAGAGCUAUCAGGAGGAGCAGAUGCGCCGUCUCACACCAGCGCGUGGUGGGAUUACGGCCACGGAGACGGGCGGACACGUGCUGUGUGAGGUGUCCGCGGCCAUCGUGUGGGGCCGCUGUUGUUUCGGCUGCGUGUGUCCUCUGUGUCCUGUGAUGAGUCGACGCGUUGCUGUUCGAUGUAUGCUUUGCGAAAAUACAGGCAGCUCUUUGUA